CGUGCACUUGUGCAGUCUUUCUUUGGCAGUCUUACUCCUGCCUGGAGCCCAACUCAGACUGGCAGCAGCAAACAGACACUGAUCAUUUCUUAGAAACUUCUAGUGUCUUUUGUUCAUGAUCAGCAGUUUAUCCAGGACUGUGGUGUUUAUCAGAGCCACUGUACUUUGUCAUGUCUCUGUGGCGCACACAGCAGAGGUGCACGGCUGUACUCUGCUGCCUCCUGUUCGCUCUCUGCUCCUGGAUCUCAGCGUUUAACCUGGACACAACAACAAUCCUCAUCAAGGAGGGUGAGGAGGGAAGUUUAUUCGGCUUCUCUUUGGCUUUACACCAGCAGCUCACACCUGAACCUCACAGCUGGAUAUUGGUUGGGGCACCUCAGGCCCGGGGCAUAGGAAGUUUUUGGAGCAGCCGUCCCGGUGCACUGUAUCGCUGUCCGGUUACACCGGAGAAGUGUGAACGAGUGGACAUCGAUGGACACGUGAGUCUUGACCGAGAGAGCAAAGACAACCAGUGGUUGGGUGUCACAGUCAAAAGUCAAGGAAUUGGUGGAAAAGUAGUGACAUGCGCUCACCUCUAUGAGCUCAGACAACAUGUCAACCAGACUUUUGAGACCCGUGACCCGAUCGGACGCUGUUAUGUGCUGAGUGAAGAUUUGACCGAGAGAGAUGAUCUGGAUGGGGGAGAGUGGAAGUUUUGUGAAGGUCGUUCUCAAGGACAUGAGCAGUUUGGAUUCUGCCAGCAGGGCCUGUCAGCUAGUUUCACACCUGACAAAAACUACAUCCUCUUUGGGGCUCCGGGGACCUACAACUGGAAAGGGCUGUUAUUUAUGGCCAGUCCUGUUGAGGAUGCUCUGGUCUACAAAACACUGGAACCGUCCAAAAGCUCAUUUGAGGACGUCGCUCAGAACAGUUACCUGGGUUUCUCUGUGGAUUCAGCCAGAGGUAUUAUGAAUAAGUCUGAGCUGACAUUUGUUGCUGGAGCUCCUCGAGCCAAUCACACAGGAGCCGUGGUUCUGCUGCGGAAGGACAACGUCUACCGGCUGAUGCCUGGCUACAUUCUGUGGGGUGAGGAACUGGCCUCCUCCUUUGGUUAUUCUGUGGCCGUGGCUGAUCUGAACAGUGAUGGUUGGACAGAUCUUGUAGUGGGAGCUCCAAAUUUCUUUGACCGAAAGGCAGAGAUUGGGGGUGCUGUGUAUGUGUACCUGAAUCCAGCCAGCCACUGGGAAAAGGCACGACCGAUCCGGCUCAAUGGAACAUAUGACUCUAUGUUUGGGAUGAGUGUCAGUAGUGCUGGAGAUCUGGACCAGGAUGGUUAUGAAGACAUUGCUGUUGGAGCCCCAUUUGAUGGAGAUGGGAAAGUUUUUAUUUACCGUGGCUCUUCAUCAGGCAUUGAUACCAAACCCUCUCAGGCAAACCUUCUCUCUCUCAGACACAGACACAGACAGACAGACAGACAGACACAGGCAGAGAGAGACAGACAGGUUCUGGAUGGGCUUAAUGCAGGAGUCAAGCGGCUGGGCUAUUCCAUAUCUGGAGGACUAGAUGUUGAUGGGAAUUUUUAUCCAGAUCUAGCUAUUGGCUCUCUCAGCGAUCAGGUUGUGCUUUAUAGGUCACGUCCAGUGGUCCACGUGAUCCGAGACAUUUCCAUUGAGCCUCAGUAUAUUGAUCUGACACAGCACAACUGCCAGGGCCAAGAUGGUGUUUGUGUGAAUGUGAAAGCCUGCUACACGUACACUGCUUAUCCAGAUUCCUACUCACCACAUAUCACACUUGGUGUACAUUUUGAGGCAGAUGUAGAGCGCAGGAAGUUGGGUCUUCCUCACAGAGUUCAUUUCCUGGACCGCAGUUUAUCAGAGCUGGAGUACGUUCAUUCGGUGGAAGUGGAGCUACGUGGACAAAAACAUCCUGACUGCCAAACAGUGACUUUUGUUGUACAGGAAAACAUUCAGGACAAGCUGCGGCCCGUCUCUCUAGCUAUCACACACACUAUACGGAGAAGCAGACAUCACCACCACAUGGGACAUAAACACCAUAACCAGCUUAGCCCUGUACUGAGCCUCAGUCCCUCAAACACACUCUACUCUGAGGUCAAUUUUGUCAGAGAAGGGUGUGGUGAGGAUAAAAUAUGCCAGAGCAACCUUCAACUCUCCUAUCAGUUUGGCACAAAAGCACCCAUUUCAAAUGCCUUUAUUCCUCUACCACGAGAUGAGUCUGAUGUGCCGGUGUUUUCUCUGUCGGAUCAGAGGUCAGUAGUGCUGGAGGUCACGGUGACUAACAUGCCAUCUGACCUGGAAAACCCACAGGAAGAUGGAGAUGAUGCCCAUGCCACCCAGCUACUGGUGUCUCUGCCCAAAACGUUCUCGUACUCUGGACUCAUGGGGCAGCAGGUAUUGUGUGAAGUUAAUCAGAACGGCUCUCAGGCGCUGUGUGAACUGGGCAAUCCGCUGAAAAGAGAAGCGACGGUCAAAUUUUAUCUUGUUCUGAGCACUUCUGGGAUCACUAUAGAAACAACGUCACUGUCCGUUCAUCUUGCACUGUCUACGAUAAGUGAGCAGCCUGCUUUGGCCCCUGUCACGGCGUAUGCGCGAGUGGUGAUCGAGCUUCCUCUUGUGCUUAGCGGACUGGCUCGCCCCCAUCACCUGUUCUUCAGUGGAGCAGUGAGGGGAGAGAGCGCUAUGACAUCACUGCAGGACAUUGGCAGCACAGUGGACUACGAAUUCAUUGUGUCUAAUACUGGGCAGUCUCUCCAAACUUUUGGCUCGGCCUCUCUGAACAUCCUGUGGCCGUACGAGCUGAUUAAUAGGAAGUGGCUGUUGUAUCCGAGUGCUCUGCAGGUAGACGGCCAGCCACCCACUCACUGUGAACCCCAGUCAGCACUCAACCCUCUGCACCUGGCCCUCGACCAGCCGCCGCAGACAGAAAACCUUAAGGGCAGCAGAAAGGUGCGCUCGCAUCUGGAGACCAAAGACCUUAUUCCCAAAAUCCCAGUAGGAAAAAUCACUCCAGCUGUUUCUGCAUCUGAGAGAAGGAAGUCUCUCACACUGGAUUGUUUACUGGGCUCUGCACGAUGUCUGCUCUUCCAGUGUCCUCUACUCACAUUCUCCGGCUCAAUCCAUUUCAGGAUCCGAGCGCACAUGUGGAACAGCACUUUCAUUGAGGAGUUUUCAUCUGUCAGUGCUGUGGAGCUGCUGGUCAGAGCCAAUAUCACCAUAAAAUCCAACAUUAGACAUCUGGUGCUGAAGGACGCUGCUACACAGGUGUCAGUAAUGAUUUACCCAGAGCACGGGCUCUCAGACCAGCACAGCAUCCCAUGGUGGAUCAUUCUCAUUGCUGUCCUGGCUGGAAUUAUUGUUCUCGCACUGCUCGUGUGUUUACUGUGGAAGUGUGGUUUCUUCCAAAGGGUUCAGUAUAAAGAUAAAGUGCCCCAGUAUAAGGCUGUGAAGAUCCUUCGGCAAGAGACACAAUUUCAGGACAAGACUUUUAUUUUGCACAAAAAACAAUGGGCUACCCACUGGAGUGAUGGGUCAAUCUAAUCUAAUACGCAUCCUUUUGUCCUCAGCAACAUGGACGCCAACCAGAGAAUGCAGUGGACUCACACUGACCUUAAAAAUACACUGCUACAGAUUUUUAUUCAGCAUUUUAUAAGUUGCAUUUUUCAUUGCUCUGCAGAUUGAAAGAAAUUUUCAGAAGGACAGCUGGAUCUAGCUGGAGAUAUACAGUAUAUAAAUGGAAAUAUAUGCACCUAGUAUUAAAACCACUUUUUAAUGUAUUAAUGUUGUAUUCAGUGUAAUGGUGUUUGUGAACUCAUAAAACAGCGGUGGUUCUAUAUCAACUACAGUUCAGUGCCUUUAGAACUUUGAAACAUUUGAAUACUGAAACAUAUUUUAAGGGUCUUUAUAUCAUAUGAGGAACAUGAUAAAGUUUUCAAUUCGCAAGAAACUUAGUAUGCAUCAUCCAAAGACCCUCAUGAUAAAAAGCUAUUACGUUAAGUAAUUCAUAGUAUUCAUUUUUCAUAGUAUACAUCAUUCCAAAGCAGAUUUACAGAAAGUCAUACUGUUUAGUCUAUAAUGCCUUAAACCCAAUCCUUCAGCUGUCAUGCUGGUGUCAUGCAGUAGGUGGCGGUAUGCACCUUUAAGUGGGUUUGCCAAUUGCUGUUAAAAGAAAAAGAUGCUCAAAUAAACUCAAAAAAUAAGAAAUGUGCGUGUGUGACACACGAGAACCUGCAAGGUCUGCUCUAGCGCGUCACACACGUUUGA